AUGGACGCCUCCUCCUCGUCACCCUCGCCGUCGUCACCCUCUCCGACGAAGUCUCCCUCACCAGCAAAGACCAACUCCUCUCCGAUCAAGCCUUCCUCCUCAUCACCCUCUUCCUCAUCACCCUCCUCCUCCUCCUCUUCAGUGGUGGACUUCUUCGCCGGCAAGUCGGUGCUGAUCACCGGGGCCACUGGCUUCGUGGGCAAGGUCCUCCUGGAGAAGCUGCUCCGCGCCUGUCCGGCGAUCGGCACCAUCUACCUGCUGAUGCGCGUCGGCGAGAAGGACGGCAAGGCGCCGGCGGACCGCCUCAAGGCAAUCGUCUACGUCUCCACCGCCUACGCCAACUGCAACCUGAUCGAAGUCGAGGAGCGGGUCUACCCGCUGGAGCGACCCGCCCAGGAGCUGGUCGAUGAGAUCAUGGCCGAGGCCGAAACCGAAGAGAAGGACGAGAAGAAGAAGAAGAAGAAACCGGCGCCCAAGGUGGGCGACCCCGAGCUGCUCGGCCGGCCCAACUCGUACACGCUGAGCAAAGCGAUCGCCGAGANCAGGCAAUCGUCUACGUCUCCACCGCCUACGCCAACUGCAACCUGA